AUGUUUCAACAAGGAUUCAAACACAAGAAGGUUUUUUGGUCGAUUGCACUCCUAUUAGGUGCAGCCGUCAUACUGAUACCUACUCUUGUAGUUAUCAUCAAACGUUCCAAAUAUAAUCAUGAUCAAACGAUAUCUUCAGUGACAAAACGAAAUGCUGAUGAUUAUCAGUCAAAUAGUGACUACUAUCAGUCAUUGACAAAUGUUCAUGACUUUUCUCAAACAGACAAUCUUCGUUUGGAUCGUCUUUCAUCUCCUCGAUUUCAUCCAAUCAAUGGAAAAAGUGUCAUCUAUUUAAGACGACAGUAUCAUAUGCCUGAUUUACGUGGAUCAACAACAACUUUACAUUGGCUUGAUUUAGAAACAAACAAAAAUGUUCAGUUAACACGACCCAUUUGGGGAAAACAUGAUAGUCAAUUGUUUUGGAUAGAUAAUACUACUAUUCUCUUUUUAUCCAAUCGAGUUUCAUCAAAUCUCACUCAAAUAUUUCAACUUACACUUCCUAUCAACUUAUUAGAAGAGACUACUAGUUUCCUGGAACCAAUUCAAAUAACAAAUUAUUCAUUGAGUAUUGGUAACUUGCUAGUAAAUAGACAAGCAUCACGUCUUGCAUUUAGCUGUCAAGUCUAUCCAAAUUUAACGAUUGAAGAAACAUUUGCUCGACAAACGACAAAGAAAAAGAGUGGUCGUUUAGUUUAUCAAUUCGACAAAUUAUUCAUUCGACACUGGGAUGAAUAUAUGACAGGUCCACGUCAUCAUCCAUUUCUUGUUUCAAUCGAACGACAAUCAAAUGGAAUAUUUAGAUUUUCAUCAGAACCAAUUGAUGUACUUUUCAAUAUAGAUAGUGAUUCACCAACAAGACCUUUUGGUGAUGCCAAAACACAAUGGUCAUUUAGUGCAAAUGGUAAUUCAUUUGCAUACACUCGACAAUAUGAUGAAACAAGUGCUGUAGCUUGGUCAACUAAUCUAGAUAUUUAUACAGUAGAUUUGAAUACACCUGGACAACGAAGUAUAUGUAUUACAUGUGAUAAUUUGGCAGCUGAUACUGAUCCAUCUUAUUCACCAAUAGAUAAUAAUGUAUUGAUUUAUCGAUCACAAUCAAAACCAGGAUAUGAAUCUGAUCAAUUCAAAAUACAGCUCUACAAUGGAUCGAAUUCGAAGAAAACACUUCUUGAUAAUUGGGAUCGAAGCAUCCAAGCUGUGACAUGGUCUGUUGAUGGUCAAUCUCUUUUUCUUGAACUUGGCGAAGAAGCACGAAAUGUACUCUAUCAUUUAUCCAAUCUAUUCACAAAUCAAUCACUUACUCGUCUAAUCAAUAGUGGUACAUCGCAUGAUGUCAAUGUUCAUCCUAUGAAUAGUCAAAUGUUUGUUUUCACUCAUCAAAGUUUUGUUGAACCAAUCAAUAUCUAUUUAUAUUCAUCAGAUGGAUCAAUGCGAUCUCUCACUGAUCAUAACAAAGCUCUAUUAGCUAAAGUGAAAAUGAGUCCCAUGGCUGAGACGUUUUCGUUUUCAGGUGCUCGGGGUGAUAAGGUUUGGGGAUGGCAUAUGCCACCAUCGAGUGGAACUGACAAACGAGCUCCACUUGCUUUUCUCAUUCAUGGUGGUCCACAAAAUAGUUGGUACGAUGAAUGGGGCUAUCGAUGGAAUUUUCAAACGUAUGCUUCUCAAGGUUACGCUGUCAUUGCUAUCAACUUUCAUGGUUCUGACUCAUAUGGUCAGAAUUUUACAGAUAGUAUUAUAGGUCAAUAUGGUUCAUUACCUUUCGAAGAUCUUCAGUUGGGUCUUACUUAUGCACUGAAAAAAUUUCCUUAUAUUGAUCCGAAUCGAGCUGUAGCAAUGGGUGCCAGCUAUGGUGGAUAUAUGGUCUAUUGGAUUGCUGGACAUCCAGAAAUGAGUCGUCGUUUCAAAACGCUCAUUUCUCAUAACGGUGUGUUUGAUACAAGAGCCAAAGGUUAUUCCACAGAAGAGCUGUGGUUUACCGAACAUGAUAUAGGCGGGUACACUCCAUGGGAGAAUCCUGCAGCUUAUGAACGCUAUAAUCCACUUAAGCAUGUUGCGAAUUGGACCCAGCCAAUGCUAAUUAUUCUUGGUGCUCAUGAUUAUCGUGUGCCAGAUACACAAGGAAUAAGUGCUUUUAAUGCUUUGCAACGUCGUGGCAUUGAAAGUCGGUUAGUCUAUUUUCCAACCGAAAAUCAUUGGAUAGUGAACCCACUUAAUUCCAUUGCCUGGUACGAACAAGUGCAAGGUUGGAUGCACAAAUGGACAAAUUAG